CGUGCGAUAAGAUCCAAUCCCACUCCAACCAUCACGUACGGAAUUCCAUGGAUUAAAUAUAUGCAGGAAAUUGCUACAGACUAGGUAUUCUAUUAACAAAAAUGACCCAAUUCCGGCCUUGCAUCGAUUUGCACUCUGGUCAGGUGAAGCAAAUCGUCGGCGGGACGCUGAGCAAUGUGCCCUCCGAACUGAAAACAAACUAUAUAUCCAAGCUUCCAGCUGGCCACUAUGCGGCAUUAUACAAGCAAUAUGAUCUGCGCGGGGGUCAUGUUGUAAUGCUAGGACCGGGCAAUGAAGAGGCUUCGAAGGAGGCACUCGCAGCAUGGCCGGGGGGACUCCAAGUUGCCGGAGGCAUUACCGAUAAAAAUGCGAAGUAUUGGAUUGAUCAAGGAGCCGAGAAGGUUAUCAUCACUUCAUACCUCUUUCCAGAGGGUAAAUUCUCACUCGAUAGACUGAAAUCAGUUUUGUCUGCUCUUGGAGGGGACAGAUCAAAGUUGGUCUUGGACCUGAGCUGCCGAAGGAAGGACAAUACAUGGUUCGUGGCCAUGAACCGCUGGCAGACGAUUACGGAGUUGGAGAUCAAUCAAGAAUCGAUAUCAAUGCUGGAACCGUAUUGCUCGGAGUUUCUCAUUCACGCCGCCGAUGUCGAAGGACUACAGCAGGGCAUCGAUGGCGAACUGGUUUCCAAGCUAGCUCAGUGGUGCUCAAUACCUGUUACGUACGCUGGAGGAGCGCGAAGUCUUCAAGAUCUUGAGAAAGUUCAGGAAAGCAGCAAUGGCAAGGUUGAUUUGACGAUUGGCAGUGCCCUAGAUAUCUUUGGUGGUUCUGGUGUGACCUUUGACGAGUGUGUACAAUGGAAUAAGGAGCACUGAAUUGGAUGUUAUCUUCUGGAACUUUUCCUAUAUACCACUACCUAGAUGGCUUCGGGUUAACCCAGGCUUGGAGGAAGUGAGCCCGAUGGUUGGAAUGAGCCUCAAGCCUUCAUUUGUGCACAUUAUAGCACCUGCAACACAAAAUGAAAAAGGAGAACAUGUAAUUUAGAAAUUAAUAGUAUGGAAUCUCAGAUCACC